AUGGAGACUUUCAUGCUACUGAAAUGGCUUGUUAACUCAAUAGGCACAAUGAAUUUUGGGUACAAUAACUCAUCGUCGUCGUCGAAGGAUGAUAAGGCUCAGGAGAUAAGUUUCUAUCCAAUGCAUGAUGAUGAAGAGAAGAAAUUCAACAAGGUCACAGGUGCAUCAUCAGGUUUUCAAAUGCCACUUCACUAUCCUCGCUACAAGAAGUCAGAUUAUGAGAAGAUGGAGGAAUGGAAGGUUGAUAUGCUUCUCAGAGAAUAUGGUCUCGACAGUUUUAAAGGUACCCUUGAUAAGAAAAGGGAAUUUUCUAUGGGGACUUUCUUGUGGCCUGUGUUAAAUAGUACCACAUCGUUUAGGGAAACUUAG